AUGGAGAAUUUAAGUAAUCCUAACAAAAAAACCAAAAAGUGUGUCAUAACAAAUUAUUUCACUCAAGUUACCGACGUUAGAGGUGCUAGCAGUGAAAUUGUUACUCAAACUCAUCCUGUUUCUGAGUUAUCUAGUGCUCAAAACACCGAUCGAAAUCAAGUUAUUGAACCUCGAAAUAAUGAUGUUUCAUUAUUUGUAAACUGCAGUUUGACUGAUGAGGAAAAACACUUAAUUCUUGUGAAACCGUGGAUUCCUCCUACCACGUAUGCAUUUCCAAUAACAGAGCAAAAUAAAAAAAGAAAACUUAUAUUUCAGUAUAAAUGGUUUACUACUUAUAACUGGUUGGUUUAUUCGGAGUUACAAGAAGGUGCUUUUUGCAAGUUUUGCAUGGUAUUUGCUACAACUGGUGGUGUUGGCCAACAAAAAUUAGGAGCUCUUACUCUAACAGCUUUCAAAAAUUGGAAAAAAGCUAAAGAAGUGUUUAAUGACCAUUUGAAUUAUGACUAUCAUAAACUGUCUGUUGCAAAAGCAGAAGGGUUUUUGAACAUCUAUUGCAACAAAAAACCAUCAAUAAUUAAUGCCUUAGAUGACGACAGAGUAAAAAUAAUAAAACAAAAUAGAGAAAGACUGAUUCCAAUUAUAGAAUGUAUCUUACUAUGUGGAUACCAAGAAAUUCCCUUAAGAGGUAGUAAUGAUUUUGGUCCAAUUAAUUUUAAAACUUCAACUCAUAAUGAAGUUAAUAAGUCUCAAUGCUUUUCGGUGAUGGCUGAUGAGACCACAGAUGUGUCGGUAUCAGAACAAUUGACAAUAUGUGUACGCUAUUUAAGUGGUACUGGUUCUAAUAUUGAAAUAAAUGAGGAUUUUUUAAAAUUUUAUGAAAUUAGUAGCUUAACUGGAAAUGAUUUGGCAUCAGCAAUUCUCAAUGGGCUAAAUUCAUGUGGGGUAGAUUGUGAUUUUUUAUUUGGCCAAGGGUGGGUACAAAGAUAUGACGCCAUCAAUGAUUUUAUUGAGUUAUUCCCUUGUGUUGUUACUGCACUAAAUAACAUAUCAGAAUGGAAUGAUGGUAGUGGUACAAGUACUGAUGCUAGCAUUUUAUUAAAUGCAAUUGAUUCGGAAUUUCUUGUGGCUCUUCAAGUUAUAAAGGUUUUAUUUUCAUUUGGUUUGCCACUAUGUAAACAGCUGCAAAAAAAAAACAUAGAUUUAAGAGAAAUGAUCAGUUUGGCCAAUAUAAGUAUCAAGGUUCUAGAAAAUUUAAGGGAAAAUGUAGAUCAUGAAUUUAAAAAAAUAUUCAAAGAAGCUCAAAGAUUGGCUGAGAUGUUAGACUUUGAAAUAUCAGUCAAACGGUUAGCAAACCGUCAAAAACACCGCUCUAACUACAUAAUAUCAAGUGAUGAUCCUGAAGAUUAUUAUCGGGUCUCUAUAUGUAUCCCUUUCAUCGAAUCUUUUAUAUAUCAAUUAAAUGAAAGAUUCUUGGCUCACCAAAAUAUUUUCAAAGGUUUUCAGUGUUUGUUUGAUGACACUAAUUCGGAUCAUACAGAUUUUGAGACUCUGGUUUCUUUUUAUCUACCACAAAUUGAUUUGACUACAGCAAUCUGUGAGCUACAAAUUUGGAAACAAAAGGGCAAGUGUGUAGCAGUUGGUAGUGAUGAAGUGAUUACAUCAAAUGCAUUAGAUGCUAUCAAGCACUGUGAUCCUAUCAUUUUCCCAAAUAUAUUUACACUGUUAAAAAUUUUGUGCACACUGCCAGUGUCUACUGCCACGCCUGAAAGAACUUUUUCCAGUUUGAAAAGAGUAAAGACCUAUCUUAGAAAUAGCAUGAAAGAAGAUCGUUUAAAUGGAUUGGUGCUCUUAAGCUACUAUCGAAACAUCGAAAUAACGCCGGAAGAAGUAUUGGACGAACUAGCAAAAAAAAAAAGGAAAAAUAGAUCUGAUAUUAUAACUUAUAAGACACUAAAAUAA